UCGAGUCUGGAUGCUGGAGGCUUAAGCUACUGCUUCAGACGUUGGCCAGCAGCUUCCUCACACUCGACGCAGAGAGUGGUUAGCCUUUGUUCAUUUUCCUCGCUGUUCUUCCCGAUUGACGUGGCAUGAUGUUCUCCGCGGUCCCGAAGGCCCAUCCCUUCUCUCCCAUGGAAGAAGGGCCUGUAGACUCUCUGUACAUGAGGGUCACGCUUGGACAGGAAGCUCGCUGGCCUCUGUUGCUGUUCCUGUACACGGUGAUUGGGCUUCUGUUCCUCGCUGCUGCCCUCGUCUGGUGCCUCGUCAGGUCGCCUUCUGAUUCCUGGCUAUGCCCUUGGUUCAGCUGUGCUGGUGGCGAGAGCGAGGUGGCUGACUUACUCAUAGUAAGGGCAGCGACUCCGCGUCGGCGGAGAAGACCGAGACACAUGCGUUUCUGCCAAGUAUUCCGUAAGAAGGUCAGGGCGAAUAUGGACAUAGAAAGGGGCGUCCGGGAAUCAGGAGACCGAGGAUUGCAGAGCAUCUAGAUAUUUCUGUCCCUGGCUCCUGUAAAAUACGAGUUGAUUCAGCGGAGGCAUUAUCUAAGAACUGAUACAUUUCAGCAUCGAACUCACAUAUUCUCGAUAAGCAAUAACUGUCUUCUUUAAUACCACAGGCACUGAUAAGCUAAACAUUACAUUUUUAUCCUCAGUGUAUGCGAUGUUUCGGAGAGUUUAUGCUGCCCCGUUCACCUUUUUGGAUAUUGAAAUUUAUAUCACUCAUAAACAGACAUUUUUCCUGUCAA